CUCUCACACUCCAGUUUUAAUCUUAGCACCAUGAAGCUGAUCGCCCCAAUCGCCGCCCUCAUCGCCGCCGCAUCAGCCGGCCAAAUCUACUCUGGCCAAUCAGCGGAGAAAUACGCGCAGUCAGCCGAACAAUACCAGUCAGCGCUCGAGUAUCAGCAACGCGGCUUGUAUUCUGACCACUCACAGGCGCCGCAGAGCUUCAGUCAUGAAGCUACAGCGCACUCCAGCAGACCAGCUGGGGAGAAGACUGCCAGGAUCCUGGGCUUCGAAGUGGAGAACAAUGGACACGAAUACAAAUAUUCUUAUGAGACUGAAAAUGGAAUCAGAGCCGAGGAAGCAGGUCAAACUUCAGAACAUGGUACCGUAGCCCACGGCGCCUACUCCUACAAAGGUGAUGAUGGCCAGACCUACACUGUCACCUACACAGCUGAUGAGCAUGGUUUCCACCCUCAAGGAGAGCACCUUCCCACACCACCACCAGUGCCUGAAGAAAUCCUGAAGAGCUUGGAGCAGAACGCUAAGGAUGAAGCCGCUGGAAUUUUUGAUGACGGAAAAUACAAGGAGCAAUCUGGCCACGGGCUGGCCAAUGGUCACCAGCAGCAUGAAGCCAGUUACCAAUCCGUUGGCUACCAAGCCCCAUCAGGACAUGGAUCAGGCGUUAACUUAGCGUUCCAUGGUCAAUCUAACCAUCUUUCUGGUGCUGACUUAGCGUACCACGCUCAUGCAGCCAAUGCACUCUCCGGCGACGGUCUUCAAGGUCAUUCUUCUGGCGCCCAAGUGGGACAUCAGACUCCUGCAAGUCAUGGCAUCCAGUUAGCGUUCCAUGUUCCUUCAGGCCAUGCGUCUGGUACUCAAGCAUCAUACAGCGCCCCGGUUCACAGGCCAAACCCUCAAUUAGCGUACCAUGCUCAAGCAGCUCAAUCGUCAGGAGGGCAACUAGCUUUCCAUCUUCCUUCAGGACACAGUUCUGGUGCCCAAUUGGCUUUCCAUGUACCAUCAGGGCAUGCAUCUGGUGCCCAGUUGGCGUACCAAGUCCCCGCGGGUCAUGCAUCAGGCUCUCAAAUGAUGUAUCAGGGAUAUGCUGGCAAUGCUCAUUCAGGUCAUGCUUCCAUUCCUGAAUUGGCGUACCAUCAUUAAAAAUGUCUCAUCGAAAGAUGGUAGCGAAUAAUUUGUAAAUAAGAAUAGUAUGAACAUGAUGAACAAUAGUCUAUACAACUCUAGAAUCAUUUCCACGAUUAAAGUUUACAAUUUCGUAGGCAUAAAUCAUUCCCGCAUAAAAAUCAAUAUUGAGAAAAACAAACAUUGACAUGAAGCUCUCAAUAAAAUAAUAUUCUUGUUAAUCUGCAAUGUAAUGACAUAUAUGAUAUGGCAUUACAAGUAAAAUUAUCAAUCAAUUGUGGCAACAUAAUCAAAAGAUUACCAAAAAGUGAUUCGUCAAACGUCAAUCAUGGCUACCAUAAUGGCGGCUCGACACAUGUCAAUGUCAAACUGUCAUGGCGGCGAGAAGACGUUAUUAAAUAUUAGGACUUGUUACAUAAUUUGCAUCAGUUGAAGGUUUAUUUAAUGGUGCAGUUACUGUUUUACAUAUAAAAACGGCAAUGUAGACGUUACAAAACGAUGAUUGAUUUUUGUUGCCUAUUUCAAAAUUUGUUACUAAAACCUAGUCAAUGGAUUCGCAAUACCGAUGCCAGAACUUUUUGCGUUUAAAAUGGCUGACAUUUCGAUCCGUGACUAAUAUUUAAAACCUAGUAAUAGUCAAUUUGGUAUCGUAGGUACUGCGUAGUUAAAUAUUGAAUGUCU